AUGCAGGCCUUGUAUACCUGCUUAGAAGAGAGCAAGAUCGCCGUAUUUGAAUCCCCUACCGGGACUGGAAAAUCGUUAAGCUUAAUCUGUGGUUCUUUGACCUGGCUUCGAGAUCACAAGCGAAAGGCUUUUCAAGAAACGGUCGAUGCAACAUACGAUGAUGAUGAGCCCGAGUGGAUGAUAGAACAUGCCAAACGGGAAUCCAGGCGUGCCAUUACUGAAAAGAGACAAGAAUUCGAAGCCCGAUUGGCCAAAAUUCGAGAGGAAGAACGUUUGAAAUCCCAGGACAGCGCAGACCGACCCCGUAAGAAGCAGCGACUUGACGACUCAGCAUCGGAGCCAGUCGAUGAUGAUCAAUUUGUUCUCGAUGACUAUGAUAGCGACACCGACAAUCCGAACAAGCAGAUCAAAUCUGCGAAUUCCGAUGGCCUAUCUGCAAGCACUUUAGCCUUACUCGAACGGUUUCAGGGGAAAUUCUCGGCAAAUAAAGAAAAAGAAGAUGACGGAGAUGAUGAGAUCAAAAUCUUCUUUUGCUCAAGAACACAUUCUCAGCUGAGUCAGUUUGCCGGUGAAUUGCGACGAGUCACUUUCCCAUCCAGUAUACCUAGCGAAAUCGAUCCAGAGAGCAAAAAUGACCUCUCCAAACUGGAAGAGAAGGUGAAACACCUGUCGCUAGGGUCAAGGAAGAACCUGUGCAUCAAUUCCAAAGUCCGAGCUCUGGAGAACAAUACAGCAAUUAACGAAAAGUGUUUGGAUUUACAGCAAGCCGGUGUAGCAGCCGACAAGAAGUGUUCCUUUAUCCCCUCCAAAGAUGACGAGGCUUUGGCUCUUGAGUUCAGGGACCAUACUUUGGCCACAGUCAAGGAUAUAGAAGACAUUGCCCAGGUUGGGAAAAAGCUUGGCAUAUGCCCCUACUAUGCAUCUCGUCCAGUCAUCAAACACAGCGAGAUCGUCACACUUCCAUAUCCCCUAUUACUGCAAAGAUCGGCUCGCGAGGCCCUCAAUAUCUCCGUCAAAGGUCAUAUUGUCAUCAUCGAUGAAGCCCACAACCUCAUGGAUGCAAUAGCUGGCAUUCAUUCGGUGACUAUCUCACUAAGUCAACUGCAGACUGCCAUCGGGCAGCUGACAACAUAUGCCCGUAAGUUCAAGAACAGAUUAAAAGGAAAGAAUCGAAACUAUGUUGCACAAGUCAUUCGGUUGGUAAGCUCCAUUGCCGAGCAUAUGAAGUCAAUCUCUUUACAAAAAGGACCACUGGAAGGCUCGGUACAAACGUCAAAUCUCAUGGCUGGAAAAGGAGUUGACCAGAUCAACCCUUACAAACUCUCUAGAUAUCUGCAAGAGAGCAAGCUCGCCCGGAAAGUUGAUGGCUAUCUUGAAUCCUCGCAACAGCCACAACCUGGGCAGGCCAAAGACAAGACAUCAAUGCCGGUUUUAUUUCAUCUUCAAAGCUUUCUUCUCCCUCUUAUGAACCCUUCGGAAGAGGGGCGGCUCUUCUUUCAGAAAAGCCAGGACGAUGUUCUGUUGAAAUACAUGCUUCUUGACCCUACGAACCACUUUCGGGAAAUUGCCGAAGAUGCUAGGGCCGUCAUUCUAGCUGGUGGUACUAUGUCUCCUAUGUCAGACUAUGUGAAUCAUUUGUUUUCAUAUCUGCCCCCAGAGCGACUAGGGACAUUCAGCUAUGGUCACGUCAUACCAAAAUCCAACUUGGUGGCGCAGUCCUUGACGCAAGGGCUAAUGGGAAACGAAUUUAAUUUUACAUACGAGGCACGAACAACCCUCUGUCAAGUCAUCCCAGACGGGGUUGUCGCAUUUUUCCCCAGUUAUGACUAUCUCAGUCAUGUUCUGAGUGUUUGGAAGAAGCCCAUUCCCAACAGCAGCGGUCAAAGCACCCUCAGUCUACUGGAACGGAAGAAGAAGAUUCUCUAUGAAUCUCGCGAGGCAGUGACAACUACAGAUGAUCUCCUGCGGGAGUAUACCGAGGCCGUUGAAUCGGGAUCAGGGGCCUUGCUUCUGUCUAUCGUGGGCGGCAAGUUGUCAGAAGGCAUUAAUUUCUCCGACAAGCUAGGGCGCGGCGUUUUUAUCAUCGGCCUACCAUUUCCCAAUAUUCGCAGUGCUAUCUGGCAGGCCAAAAUCCAGUAUCUCGAGGAGAAGGCCUAUAAGGACGCUUCUGGAUCCGAGCCAGAAAGGAAGGCAGCAGGCAAGGCAGCAGGCAGAGACUUUUACGAGAAUUCGUGCAUGCGAGCGGUGAACCAGUGCAUUGGUCGAGCCAUCAGGCAUGUGAACGAUUAUGCUGCUAUCAUCAUGAUCGAUCGCCGUUACGAAUCACCUCGGAUCCAGCAAAAACUGCCUGGUUGGAUUAGAGAAAGCUUGGUCACAGCACCUCCCACGCGGGCGGCUCAGAUGACCGUGCAAAGACUUGCAAAAUUCUUCGCUGAAAAAAAGGCGAUAGCGCAAUAG